CUCUCAUCGACGACUUGACCAAACAUCAAACAUGUCUUCCCACGCCACCAAAGAGCCCACAGAAUCUGCACCUACACCACGAGCACGUGUAACAUCCGCGGCAGGGAAUCUCUACGCGCCACGUGCCCUACCCGUUCUUGUCGAGGCUUUCGAGGCCGAUCCCAACUUUACCUAUUACCUGAACAAGGUUCCCAAAGCAUCAAGACAAAAGAGCCUUGAGAAGGUCCUAGAGUUGAUGCUGAUGAUUGGUGAAUCAAACAACGCCACAUUCUAUGAGUCCGGUGCCUUCGACCCCAGCGUUGGAGAGAGCCCUGAACCACUAUUUCAAUCAGCAGCAGUCGUCAUGCAACCAGGCAAAGCAGCCACCAACUUCGGGCUCCGCGGUUGGAUCAAGCUGAUACGGCAAGGGGCAUUAAAACUCGUUUGGCGAGCUGGUUUGAGCUUUUUCAAGAAGAUUCUCGUCGAAUACCCCUCUAAUGCCGAGCAAGUGAAGAAGUCCGUUUUCCUGGAGAACGAGCCGUACUACUAUCUGCUCAUCAUUGGCACUGGGACUCAACAUCGUGGCAAAGGAUUGGCAGCGGCGAUUAUCAAAGAACACCAGGUCAUCGCGCAGAAGAAGGGUCUUCCUAUGUAUCUGGAAGCGAGCAACAAGGGUGCCGCAAGAGUGUAUGAAAAGUGCGGAUUUGAGCACGUCAGCGUGGCGCCGGAGAAAGAGUUCGUGGUCGGCAAGGGUGAGUGCGAUGCAAACGGCGAGAGGGCAACUGGCAAUCAGGCGGUCGGAGUGAGGAUGUACCCCAUGGUAUGGUGGCCACAAGGCUAUGUUCGAGGAAAAGCUGCGCGCUUGUAGUCAGAUUGUAAAUGAUACCCCCUCUCAUACCA